GAGGAGGGGAGAAUCAUAAACAAACCCAAGCAAGCGAACCGCUGUGUUGCUGAGUGUGCCGUCACUGUGAGGUCCCCCGGGGAGAAACGAGGCUCAUUAGGGACGGAGGACGCUUGACAGGCUCACAAUGUUCUCCUCAGUCAAGCCCUUUGAGGACCAACAGUUUGCUGCUCUGAGGCAACAGUGCCAGCAGAACAGGAGGUUGUUUGAGGACCCGCUGUUCCCCGCCGAGGAUCGUUCGCUCUUCUACCAAGGCAACCGCAUCGGCAAAGUCACAUGGAAGAGGCCAAAGGAACUCUGUGAUGACCCACAUCUGUUUGUCAAUGGCAUCAGUGCUCAUGACCUGCAACAGGGGCAACUAGGAAAUUGCUGGUUUGUAGCAGCCUGUUCCUCCCUUGCUUCCAGAGAGGCCCUGUGGCACAAAGUGAUUCCAGACUGGAAGGACCAGGAAUGGGAGAAUGGCAAGCCAGAGGCUUACGCUGGGAUCUUCCAUUUUCGGUUUUGGCGUUUUGGAGAGUGGGUGGAUGUGGUCAUUGAUGAUCGGCUGCCCACCAUCAACGGCCAUCUGAUUUACUGCCAUUCUAAUGACAGCAAUGAGUUCUGGAGUGCACUGGUGGAAAAAGCCUACGCCAAGCUUUAUGGUUGCUAUGAGGCUCUGGAUGGCGGAAACACAGCUGAUGCAUUGGUAGAUUUUACCGGAGGCGUCUCAGAACCCAUUGACCUGCUGGAGGGCCACUUCGAUCAGGACGAAGAAGCACGCAACCAGCUGUUUGAGCGUGUCCUCAAAGUCCACCAUAGAGGAGGCCUCAUUAGCUGCUCCAUCAGGGCGACCUCUCAGGCUGACAUGGAGGCUCGGCUGGACUGCGGUCUGGUCAAAGGUCACGCGUAUGCAGUGACAGAUGUGCACAAGGUGCGUCUGGGUCAUGGCCUGCUCGCCUAUUUCAAGUCUGAGAAGCUCACCAUGAUCCGUAUGAGGAACCCGUGGGGGGAGAAAGAGUGGAAUGGGCCUUGGAGUGACAGCUCGGAGGAAUGGCAGAGGGUCAGUAAGAGUGAGCGGGAGAAGCUGGGAGUAACUGUGCGGGACGAUGGUGAAUUCUGGAUGACCUUUGAGGAUUUCACGAAGUACUUCACAGACCUGAUCCUGUGCCGCCUCAUUAACACGUCAUACCUGAGCAUCCAUAAGACCUGGGAAGAGGCUGUGAAGUUUGGUGCUUGGUCUUGCCACGAUGAUCCUCUGAACAACCGCUCUGGAGGUUGCAUUAACAACAAAGCCACGUACCUUCAGAACCCACAGUACGUGUUUGAUGUGAAGAAGCCUGAGGAUGAAGUUUUAAUUUGCCUACAGCAGAAAGAUAAAAGGUCUCAACUUAAAGAAGGCAGAGGCGAGAACUUGGCAAUUGGCUUCGACAUUCAAAGGGUGGAGCUUAACAGGAUCUACCGCAUGCACAUGCCACAACAGAAGAUGUGCAGCUCUGUCUACAUCAACUCUCGCAGCGUGUUCCUGCGCAAGGACCUGAAAGAAGGUCGUUAUGUUAUCAUUCCAACAACCUUUAACCCUGGACUACAAGGAGACUUCCUGUUACGAGUCUUCACAGACAUCCCUUCAGAGUGCAAGGAACUGACCCUGGAUGAGCCUCCACAGACAUGUUGGACAGGCCUGUGUGGUUAUCCACAGCUGGUCACACAGGUGCAUGUGAUGAAGGCCGUGGGACUGGAGGGCCAGGACUCUGACGGAUCAUCUGACCCAUAUGUGAUCAUCAGCUGUGAAGGGGAGAAGGUGCGUUCCCCCGUACACAAGGACACACUGAGUCCUGAGUUUGAUGUGAAAGCUCUCUUUUACAGGAAGAAACCCAAAGAGCGGAUGCACAUUCAGAUCUACAACAAAAACGUCCUGUCUGAUUCGUUCAUGGGUCAGGUGACUCUGAACGCAGAUGUUUCAGACCUGCAGAAGGAUCACAUCCUCCAUCUAAAGGGCAAGGGUAGUCGUCAGAACAGUGACCUCCCGGGCAUGCUCAGUGUGAGCCUCAUCACCAGCAAUGUCCUCACCAAUAUCUGAGAACACCCAGGUCAGCUGAAAUCAAGAGGUUCAUGAAGAUAAACUUCACCGCUGUGCAGAUUUGUCUGUUAUAUAUGAAGCUUUGGUGAUGUAGAGAGCACUUUUCUUUUGUGGAUGUAGUUUACAUAUUGCAUUCUUUGCCAGAGUUUUCUAACCACUUUCGUUUGUAUUGGGGCUUUAUAUGUUUAAUAGUAUGGCCUUAAUGAGUUCUUUUUACAUGAUCUCUUGGACCAAAAUCAGUGUGAUAUUACAUUUUUAAUUGAUGCAUUUGAUUCUGACAUAUGUGGAAUUUGUAUAGACUUAAUGUCACUAUUCAGCCAAGGAAGGCAAUUCCUGUGUGAUCCUAUAUAUUGGAAAAAGUAUGUGACUCCUUCUGUUGCCAAUUAAUCAUCCAAAGUGGUUUUAUCAUUAAAUGUUAAGAGCUGGACAGCAAUUAAGCAUGUUUACACAAUAUUAGCACUCAGGAAACUGCACAAUAGCUGAAGGCUGUAUUAGCGCUGUCUUCAUAUAGCCUAUUAGACCCAGGCUUAAAUUUACAUUCUGAUCCUGACUGAAAUCGUGCCUCAACUGUGCCUGAAAUUCACACCUCAGGAUGGCUUUUAAACCAGUGCUCUUUAUUAAUAUACUUUCUUAUGGUGGAAAAGCACAUAUAAAGUUUAUCAGGAACUUUUUUUGUUUCCACCAAAGGAAAUACACUAUUUUAGGGAGAUUUCAUAAGUAUUAGUCUGGUUGCUGAGUCUGAAUUGGAUCUACUGUUUUUCUUUCUGCAACUUUACAGCUUUAUCCCUUGGCUCAGUUUAUCAGCUCACAUCUGUACUAUAAUGCUACCCCAAAGUACACAGCAUGUAGGGUUCACUUUCUGCAGCUGGGUCAGUUUACGGUCGAAUUGUUUUACUAUAACCGGACUGAGACAGUACUCAGAGUCUUGAACCGGCUGUUUUAGUCCCUGAGUGUGACUGAGGCGUUCUCAACUGCACAACCAAACCAAAGUGGAAAACACACCAGGGUUCAGUUCAAACGGACUAAUUGCACAUGUGAAUGCACUCUUAGUUUACUUUUCUAGGGACCAGGAAGUACAGUAAGUUUAAAAAAAUGAUUAAAGCUUGUUUUAUAUAAAUUGCACAGCUGUUUCCAUAAUGUGCUUUUAUAUAAGCGGCGAGUAAGUAUGAGAGUGUAUUUUGUAUGUUUGGAUGGCAAGACAUAAAGAAGAAAAGGCGACUUGUACUGAUUAGAAUCAAAGCAGUAGUGCUGACACUUUUUAUGACUAAAAUAACCACUUGGUGGCAGCACAUAAUCAGAAAGCCUCAAGGGUACGAAAGAGUGCUGUCCCUCUUGUAGAAGCUUCCAUUCAGGGCUUUUGUUUACUCUGUUGCUAUUAAGUUAAACACUUGAUAUGCAGUUUGUAAUAUUUCUUGUUCUUUAAAAAUGUAUUUUUUAAAGUCAUUAAUUUUUAAAAACACAUCUGGAAAAUUUCUCUUCCAAACAAGUACAUUCUCUUAACAGACAUUAUGGUGUUGACACAAACAUUAAAAAAAAAAAAAAAAAUCAUCUGCUCAGGCUAAAUUAAUGGUACAUUGUCCAUUUUAAUAUACCUUGCCUGCAUAGAUACUGGUAAAGCUGAGGUGUGGUGCAUGCUAUGAAAUGUCUACCAAAGAUGUGCAAUGAAGUGCCAUUUUGUAUUUUAGUCACGAAAGAAAAUUGUUUAUUUCAAGUGUUGCGGCUUCAGUACUGAUUAUUUAGUAUAAUGAUCAGAUUAUGUGGUAUAACAUGCAGCUUUUACCUGUUUUAUAUUUUAUAUGUGCAUCCAGAGUAUAAAGAUAAAUCUGAAAUAAAGUUAACUGGAGUAGUA